AUGUGGGAACGUAUUAAAAAAGCCUCGUUAAACUCACUUUCCGUUAGCUGCUCGGCCAUCUGGAACUGGAUCCGAGCUUUCUGGAGAAAGAAUGGCCUGUUGACUCUUUCGAUGCUCUCUGUUGUAACUGGAUGCCUGCUCGGAUUUUUGCUGAGGGUUUUGGAGCUGACAGACCUGGAGAAGCAAUACUUUUCUUUUCCUGGAGAGCUCCUUAUGAGGAUGUUAAAAAUGCUGAUUCUACCCCUCAUUACUUCGAGCCUGAUGUCUGGCCUGGCCACCAUGGACUCCAAGGCCUGUGGGAAGAUGGGGUUGAUCACACUCACCUAUUACCUUUGGACGACAUUCAUGGCUGUGACUGUUGGGAUUGUGCUUGUGAUCAACAUUCAUCCAGGUGCUGCUGCCCAAAAGGAGGAAUAUACCGUGGGCAAAGUGGUGUUGAGUUCUGCAGAUGCCUUACUGGAUUUAAUCAGAAAUAUGUUUCCUUCUAACCUGAUUGAGGCUUCAUUCCAGCAGUAUCGAACAGUUCUCAUCCCAGUGGUGAAAUCUUCAGGCUUUCCAAAGAUCCCAGGGAAACCUCUCAGCUUCAUUUACUUUGCACCUGACGAUGAAAAUCCCGAAAUCCAAAGGCCUAUGCUUCUUGAGAUCACCCCGUCUCCGGAAAUGACCUACCGGACCCUGCCUGGGACCAGCAAUGAAAUGAAUGUCUUGGGGAUUGUUAUCUUCUCUGCUACAAUAGGCCUCCUUCUAGGGAAAAUGGGUGAGCGUGGAACUCCUUUAGUCAACGUGUGCCAGUGUCUGAAUGAAGCAGUUAUGAAGAUUGUCUCAAUGGCAGUUUGGUACUUCCCAUUUGGCAUUGUGUUUCUCAUUGCUGGGAAGAUUUUGGAAAUGGAGGAUCCAGCUGUGAUUGGAAAGAAAUUGGGACUCUACGCCAUAACAGUGGUGACAGGGCUAGUCAUCCAUGGACUUAUUCUCUUGCCUUUGCUUUUUGCACUCAUUACCAGGAAAAACCCCUUUGCUUUCAUCCGGGGAAUACUGCAAGCCCUGCUGAUCGCCCUCGCGACAUCAUCCAGCUCAGCAACCCUGCCCAUCACCCUGAAAUGUCUUCUGGAAAACAAUGGGAUAGACAGACGGGUGGCACGAUUUGUUCUCCCUGUUGGCGCAACCAUUAACAUGGAUGGGACUGCGCUGUACGAGGCAGUCGCUGCAAUCUUUAUUGCUCAGGUCAACGAGUACGAUUUGGACUUGGGACAAAUUAUAACUAUAAGCAUAACAGCGACAGCAGCAAGCAUUGGUGCAGCGGGAAUCCCCCAAUCAGGACUCGUUACAAUGGUCAUUGUACUAACCUCUGUUGGCCUGCCCACGGAUGACAUCACACUGAUCAUUGCAGUUGACUGGGCUUUAGAUCGACUUAGAACAAUGACCAAUGUCCUGGGUGAUGCACUUGCUGCGGGCAUCAUAGCACAUGUCUGCCAGAAAGAUUUUGCCCCAAAGCCAGAAAAACAAGAUCCAGUGAGCAACACAGAGAAGCUUUCUUCUGCAGAGAACUCCCUUCUCCAGCCCAAAGACCACGUGAUGGAAAUGAUUGUAGAAACGUUGUCCGAACGAACAGGAGUUAAUUACAGUAUCUGCCAGGUGUAAUGGCCACAGCAUUUUCAUCCCCAGGAAGGGGAUUCCGGUGCUAAAACGUUGCCAAUCUACUGUGGGUGUAGAUGUGGACCUUACUGUGCACAAAGAAGGCAGAAAAAUCCAUUAUUUUCUAUGGAGGUGUUUGGGAGGCUCCGAAGAGCUAGCGCAGCAUAACUGUACUGGCCAGAAGUUAAAUAAGCAGCAGUAGUGCCAACUGCUUGCAGCUUGAACCCGAGAGGCUACAGCUAUGACGUUGUUGUCUUGACAGUCCAAAACGACAGAUUUUUAAAGGUUUCAUGCCACUAGUUUCUCAACACAAUUCCCCCCCCCCAGAACAGAGGAAUGGACAGUUAGAGGAGAACCAUAGCUGGUUGUUUUAAAAAGGGGCUGAGAAAAGGUAGAGCUGUGUCACCUUCGCCCAUUCUCUGUUAGCAAUUGCUGGUCAGUUUGCAUUAUGUUUAUUAUACUGAUAAUUUUUUGACCGUUUUAUUUUUAAAUGGUUGUUGGUAAAUUUUUUUAUAGUGAGAUUUUAUAUUUUCUAAAAAUGGAGAUUUCAAGCAGACUUUCUGCCUGUCAUUCCAAAUCUAAUUCUGUCUUCAAGGAACAAGCUGUUUGGACAUCUUCGGACACAGAAGUUAGUAGCAGAGUUGUUUGGAAAUGUUCCAAUUUUUUCACUUGAUAAGGUUCCCAACAACCAUUCGUGGCUCUGUCAAUGACUGCUCCAUCUAGUGUGGUGAAGAUGUAGGUAUUAAACACAAGGUUUGGGAAUGAAUGGCAAAAUUUGCAAGAUGAGAGUGGAAUACAAAAAUCAAAAUCAUCUUUGGUUUCUUCAUGAUAAAUUUGAACUAAAUGCAAGCAACUGGAAACUGCAUGCAGGCAUGAAAAGGAAAUGGAAAAUACAAUUGUAUCUGGAUUUAAAAUUUUUUUUAAAUAUGAUCAAGCAUUAAAACAGUGCUUUUGAAUAUAUUUUAUUUAUGAAUCAAUCUUCCUCUUCAAGUAUAAAACAUGUCAUAUUAACCAACCCCUUCCCACAUCAUUUUUCCCGAUCAGUGAGUUAUGGGCCAGAUCCCAAUAAAAUUAUACUGAUUUCCCAGCUGAGGACCUGGCCUGUUUUGAAUGUUGUUCCAAAGGUAGCCUUAAUAUAUCAAGUCUGGUUUUGUGGCAAAAAAAAAAAA